GUGCCUGAGACUCUGACUGGGUCUUUGAUGUGUGCGUUGCUAGGUGGGCGGUGGGCCUGUAAUAGAGGCUACUGAGGGAAAGAAGGCAGGGGACCCUGGGGGCAGCCUCAGCGUUGACCUACUUGGGUCCUUAUAAUUGCUCCCUUCGUCUCUUGGGAGGCUACAAAUAGGGACACUCAGUUGUUAGGCUCCUACAGCUGAAGCAGCAGCAGCAGUUGAGGAUGACCCGGCCCCUGGAGCAGGCAGUAGCUGCCAUCGUGUGCACCUUCCAGGAGUAUGCAGGGCGCUGUGGUGACAAAUACAAGAUCUGCCAGUCGGAGCUCAAGGAGCUGUUGCAGAAGGAGCUGCCCACCUGGACCCCGAGUGAGUUCCGGGAGUGUGACUACAAUAAAUUCAUGAGUGUUCUGGAUACUAACAAGGACUGCGAGGUGGACUUUGGGGAGUACGUGCGCUCACUUGCCAGCCUCUGUCUCUACUGCCACGAGUACUUCAAAGAGUGCCCCCCUGAGCCCUCUUGUCCCCAGUAGCCUCUGACCCAAAGGCGUGUGCUAUCCCAGGAGGGCCAGGUCUGCUCCAGUGCUCCAUCUUUGUCCCUGAGUUGGUCCUACUCUCUCAGUGUUACCCUUUGCAAUCUAGGCGUGUCAGUCCCUGAGAUGCUAACCCCAGCUACCCACAAGCUUUAGAGGCUUGUCCAGCUGGUGAGGGGUGGAACAGUCUUUGCUGCUUCUCUUCUUGGAAGGGAAGAACAUCUCUGCUCUUACCUUGGAAGCUCAGGCAUGUGCACACAGUUGGGACUGCUGUGGCAGGGGCCUCCUCAACUCCCAAUAAAGAAAUGUCAUCUUGGC